AUGACAACUCAGAUUGAUGCAAGAGAUUGGGAUAAUAUUCGAGAAGUUGCUAGUCCUAUCACAGGUCUAUUUGCUCCAGUAAGUUUUGCUGUUCGACAAGGGUGGAUCCAACUUGGUGGUAGAAAUGAAUACAUCGAUCCAACUACCGGCCAUGCUAUCCCAUUAGAAACAGCUCUCGCUCAGGGUAGAAUUCGAUUGGCCGCUGGCGCUUCCACUACUACAACAACACCAUCUUCUCUUAUGUAUAUUGAACGUGAAUACAUCGCCCAGGAAACAGUUGAAGCCAUAUUUGUGCUGAACACAGAGACUCGAGAGUAUAUCCCCAUUCGUCAAGCACGGUUAGAUGGUCUUAUUAGUGAAGACACUAAUCACGCUACCUGGGUACUGAAUAAGAUUGAUAACGUGUGGCUGACAGCUGAGGAGGCAAUAUCACAGAACAUUCUCCGAGUAGAUAGAGCCCGUGACACAGGGACUGAGGAAGAAGUAAGGCGACGUCAAUUACAGAGUGUUGUACGCGCAUACCACGUAACAGCUGUUAGACCUGGUGGUGAACCUUCGGAAUGGCUCAGACCAGAUGAUGCAGUUCGAUUGGGUCUGUUCGAUAGGCAGACUGGAAAAAUUGCUGUUGACUGGCCGGCUCGUCCAUCGUAUCAAUUGUUCGAGGAUGGAAGAACACUAUCUGUUGAAGAAGGUGUCUCUCUAUGGUGUAACUUCCUUACAGCUAGACAAGCAGGCUGGAUACGACUCAUUCCUGAAAUGAAUAUCAACAAAUGGAUUCCACUCAGUCAACCCAGUGGUUCAAGUGGCAAUAGGCGCCUUUUGUCAACGGCUGUAAGUCUGGUUUCAAGUACAAAACCUGAUAAUGAUCGACCUGAGCCUUACCGAACGACUAGCUACCAAAGAACAAGAUACAUUCAAUCAGAAAGAGGCCAAUACACAUCCUACACUUCUGGAUUAAUGGGACCACGUCGACUUGGAAGUGAUUCCCACUCACCUGAAUAUGGAACUGAAGAUUCACGAACUCCACCUUAUCUGACGGAAGUCGGAGAAUUCGAGCAUACCGAAGCCUACACCCUUCCAUCUCGUCAAGUUACAAUGGAAGAACGAAUUCCACAAUUAGAAGAGGUCUCUAGUUUCCGAACUUUGGAAGAGGGAGAUGGGCAAUUCUAUAGUUAUCCUACAACAACAUAUGCCACUGAAGAAUCAAUAAGUACAGUUCGACAUGAGUUUGAAGAGACACACAGCUACACCGAUAUAAGCCGUGGACAAUACAUGAGAGAACAAUCCCCAUCUGUGUGGUCUCGAGGUCAAAGUACAUCUGGUCAAAGAAUCGAACCCCCCUCAGAUUAUUCACGAAGUGGAUAUUUGAGCCGAUCCUCAGAAAGUGAACAAAGGCGAUAG